AUGGAUAUUAAUGAAUCAGCUAAAGAAAUUUGUAGAUGUAAAGCUUGUUUAAUUAUUGAUUCACAAGAACUGGAUUUAGAAUUUUAUAACAAUUCAGAAUUAGAACUAUUAAAUCAAUUUGAACAAUAUAGAGAAUUAGAAUUACAACAAAACAAUAAAUAUGAAAUAUUAAAUAAUAAUUUUGCAAAUACAAAUCUAACAAUUUAA